ACCAUCUCUUACUCCUCUUCGCGAUGGCCACAACUAACCACAUUGAUCCGGCCUCGAUCACUGCCGCGGUCGCCAACGUCGAACGCGAGCUCGACUGGGCUCUCCGCCGCCUCCGAGCCGAAGCAGUUCAACCCGAGCGCGACGUUUCCUCGCUCGGCGGCGCACUGGGGGCCAUCCUUUCGUCCAUCUACACCCUUUCCUUCUCCUACAUGAUCGAGCCGCCGCAAUCCGCCACGCGCGGGCCUGUCCAGCACGGCGCGGCACGCCCGGACUACCUUGUCACACGCGUCGAAGGCGCGUGGGCGAUGCAACACGGCUUCGAGCCCGUGGACGGUGGACUUCAUGGUCGGCCUGUCGCGCUGUUCGACGUGAAGCGACGGGCAAGCGAUGCGGGUGGCGGAUCUCUGAACACAGGGGACUACGCUGGGAACCUGGCCGACCCAACGAUGCUCAAUGGCUUUCUCGUCGUGCUUGUCCUCGGCGAGGACACGCGCGUGUGGAGGGUUGAUACGCCCGGCGCUGCGCCGAGAGAGCUCACCAAGUGCGCGACAGGCGAUAGCACGUUCCUGCGAUACAUGGUGGAAUCGGCGUUCAGUAAUGGGCGUCCUGUGGGCGUAAACGGUUGAAUCUGAGUCGCAUAACAAUGAAGAUGACAUAUAUAGGAAGCCGUCGAAGUUGUGUGUCUGACCACCGCAAUGUACUGGUCGUAGUAAUGUUAAUCUGUAUCGAAUAAAUGUG